GAGCCGGCGGCGGGAGCGGGGUUGGGAUCGGCUCCGCGGUCCCGCGCUCCGCACCUGCUCUCCUCGGUCCGCACGGUGGCGGCGGCCGCGGCGGCCUUCUGCGCCCCCUGGGGCAGCGGGGCGGCGGCGGCGGCGCGGCAGGUUAUUCAGCAAUAGUUAUGAACUCCCGUUUACGAGCCUUAGGUGGGAGGAUAAAUAACAUACGAGCGUCAGAGCUACCAAAAGAGAAAACCCGAUCAGAAAUAAUCUGUAACGUCCACUUUUUGGAUGGCUCAGUACAAAGCUUCAAAGUCAACAAACAAGACACUGGACAGAUUUUAUUGGAUAUGACCUAUAACCAGCUGGGUGUGACAGAGAAGGAAUAUUUUGGUUUACAGCAAAAUGAGACUUCAGUGGAUUCACCUUUUUUCAUUUCACAGCGAUGGCUUGAACCAAGCAAACCUAUUAGAAAACAGUUAAAAGGAGGUUUUCCCUGCACGCUUCAUUUUCGUGUAAGGUUUUUUAUACCUGAUCCUAACACACUUCAGCAAGAACAAACCAGGCAUUUAUUCUUUCUGCAGUUGAAGAUUGAUAUUGCAGAAGGAAGGUUGUCAUGCCCCAUUAGUUCUGCUGUUGUCUUGGCAUCAUAUGCAGUACAAUCACAACUUGGAGACUAUAAUGCUUCAGUGCAUUGUUCAGGAUAUCUUUCAAAUUACAACUUUAUACCGGAGCAGAACAAAGAUUUUCUUACCAAAGUAGAAACACUACAUGAGCAACACAGUGGCCUCAAGCAAUCUGAAGCAGAGUCCUGCUAUAUAAAUAUAGCAAGAACACUUGAAUUCUAUGGAGUGGAAUUGCACAGUGGUAGAGAUCUCCAUAAUCUAGAUCUUAUGAUUGGGAUUGCAUCCAGUGGAAUUGCUGUAUAUAGAAAACUCAUCUGUACAAGCUUCUAUCCCUGGGUGAACAUUUUAAAAAUUUCCUUUAAAAGGAAAAAGUUUUUUAUACAGCAACGGCAAAAACAUAAUGAAUCCAGAGAGCAUAUUGUUGCCUUCAACAUGUUAAAUUACAGAGCAUGCAAAAAUCUUUGGAAAUCUUGUGUAGAGCAUCACACAUUUUUUCAGGCAAAGAAGUCACUACCUCAUGAAAAAAAGAUAUUAUCACAUUAUUGGACUCUGGGUUCUAGAAAUCCAGCAAAGUCUGUAAACAACCAGUACUGCAGAAAAGUGAUAGGUGGGAUGGUUUGGAACCCAUCUAUGAGACGAUCCUUAUCAGUUGAGCACCUAGAGACCAAAAGCCUUCCUUCUCGAUCACCUCCUGUUACCCCCAAUUGGCGGAGUCCUAGACUGCGUCACGAAAUCCGCAAACCACGGCACUCAUCUGUAGAUAACCUUACGAACGAGAUUAGUUAUAUUACUGAAACAGAGGAUGUCUUUUACACAUACAAGGGCUCUCCAACGUCAAAGGACAGUGAUUCAGAGUUCUCUCAGAACCGUAGUCCACAGAGGAGGUCAUCUGAACAAGAAUCACCAAAGAACGUGUUGGGAAACAGUCCGACACGGAGCUCUCUGACCCGUCUCUCGCCUAAAGCCUUGGCUCGGUCUCCCAAUGGAGUUGGCAACAUUUCUGGCUCUUACCCAUUGGAAGGGGUGGAUAAGCAGUUCCUAGAAACGUAUGACAACGUUACGAAAAGCAGCUCGACGGAAGACUCCAGUCAGUACUACUGCGAUAAGAAUGACCUAAUUGAGGGAGAUUUACUUUUGGUGCGUAUCAUACCAGAUGAAGAAGGGAAGUUUGGAUUUAAUCUAAAGGGUGGAGUAGAUCAGAAAAUGCCACUGCUGGUAUCAAGAAUAACUCCAGGAUCACCUGCUGAUAAAUGCAUUCCAAAGCUGAAUGAAGGUGAUCAGAUAGUAUUAAUUAAUGGCCGAGAUAUCUCAGAGCACACGCAUGACCAGGUGGUCAUGUUCAUAAAAGCCAGCAGAGAAUCUCACACAAGAGAGCUUGCACUUUUGGUCAGGAGGAAAGUAGUCAAACAGUUUGUGGAUCCCAUAUCAGAAGAUGAAGCUGAUUCCCACACUCUGCCAGAAUCUAUUCUUCCUGUCUGUUCUGAAUAUGGUGGUGAUACACUGGAGGAGUCUAUGGAGCAGCUAAAAAGAGGGCUGGAAAGUGGGACUGUCCUUAUUCAGUUUGAGCAACUCUAUAGAAAGAAACCAGGAUUGGCUGUUACAUGUGCAAAGGUACCUCAGAAUAUGGACAAGAAUAGAUACAAAGAUGUUCUACCUUAUGAUGCCACAAGGAUAAUAUUGCAAGGAGAUGAAGAUUACAUUAAUGCAAAUUACGUGAAUAUGGAAAUUCCUUCUGCUGGCAUUGUGAACCGGUACAUUGCUACUCAGGGGCCUCUUCCACACACAUGUGCACACUUCUGGCAAGUAGUCUGGGAUCACAAAUUAUCACUGAUCAUCAUGCUAACAACACUCACUGAACGAGGACGGACCAAAUGUCAUCAGUAUUGGCCUGAUCCACCAGAUGUAAUGGAAUAUGGCUGCUUCCGUGUCAGGUGCCACUCUGAAGACUGCACAAUUGCUUAUGUUGUCAGAGAAAUGGUCAUUACCAAUGUUGAGACAGAACAACAGCACACCGUCACCCAUCUUCAGUACGUAGCUUGGCCUGAUCAUGGUGUUCCUGAUGACUCCAUGGACUUCUUGGAAUUUGUGACAUUUAUGAGGCCAAAGAGAGUAAAGAAUGAGCCAGUUCUUGUUCACUGCAGUGCAGGAAUCGGUCGCACCGGUGUGUUGGUCACUAUGGAAACAGCCAUGUGCUUAAUUGAAAGGAACCAGCCUGUUUAUCCACUGGAUAUUGUACGGAAAAUGCGAGAUCAGAGAGCUAUGAUGGUGCAAACAUCAAGUCAAUACAAAUUUGUUUGUGAAGCUAUUCUUCGUGUUUACAAAGAAGGAUUGGUUCGACCACUGGAUUCCAGUUAGCACAGCAGUGAAGGAUUUUUUUUUUUCCCUAAAAAACCUGCUCUUUAAGUAAAGCAAGGGCUUGUUUCUGAAAGCAACUAGAACGGACUAGAAGCCCAUGAAAAGACAGAUGAGAACAUUUGAACCGUGGCACUUUAAAUUUCUCAAGAAGAUUGCUAAAUCAUGUACAGUAUAACAAAGUCACAUAGAUAAAUAUAUGACAGCAAUUGUGUGUAAUAUGCUUUAUUCACAUAGACAACCAUAAACAAUCAUGGAAACCUUAACACAUAUCUUUUACUGCCUUAAAACACCCUUUACUUUGGAAGUUACAAAGUUCCUUGUUUUUCCUUUGAAAUAGCAAAAGGAAACUCCUAUUAUUGAAAUUAUACUCCCUAAGAAGGUAUUUAAUAUAUUUGUAUCAUAUGAAAGCUCAUUGAAUAUUUGUAAAUUUCUUAUUGGGAUACUAAAUAUCCAUGGAACUGUAACCUUGACUAAAAGGCUGACAAAGAGUUUAAAGGCUAAUGCAUAACUACUGUACACUGAGCUGGAGAAAUUUAGUAUUCAGUUACCAUAAAUCUAUUAGUGAGUAUGCCAGCUGUUAUAAUAUGCUGCUUACAAAUCACAUCCACUGUAUGUGAUGUGAAAAUAAUGCUGCAGUUAGGCAUUUUGCAGAUGGUACAGUCUACAUCUCUUGUUGAUCAAUUUUAGUUGCAACUUGCCCUUUUGACAGUGACCUACUUCUUACAGUUUUAGUUAUUGCACCCCUUUUCUUCUGUUUCUGCAGUCCAUCUCCUUUAUACUUUUCACUGCUGUUUCUGUAUGUGGACUGAAAACAUUUUAAGUUAAAAUGAGGUUUAAUUCUCUGUCAUGUUUGUUUCCAUGUGUAUUUAUGAGUUCUCAGAUGUAAAUGUGGAUUAAUGUUGCACACAAGUACUAGACUUUUGACUUACUGUAUAUGCAAAGUAGUCUAAUCCAAUACUGGAAGAAAAACUACUACUGAACCCAUCAAAUAUGUUGCUGCUAUUUCAAGGUGUGAAGCUUACAAAGGCACAGGUGUUGCUAGUGUUCAGAUGGCGAUAAAAUGUUGACUUGCUGUUCUCCAGCAAAGCGCUCUUAUCCAGCAAAACACAACUCCCUUUUGCAAGAGUUCUCCAGAUUUACUGUGUUUCUUGCUUAUACAGAAAUGCAGUUAAAUUCACCUGAAGAUUUACAUGGAAAGAAAGAAUGAAUUUGUACUUUGAUGAAUAAUUCACCCUAAGGUACACUGGUCUCUAUUUCAUUUCAGAUGGGAGAAUUGGACUUUCUGAACAGUAUAACCACAUUUGUAUAAUGUUAAAUUAUUUUGUGUGUGCUUUUUGAUUAACCUGAGAUAGUUAUUAAUUUUUAAUAGUGUUUAAAAAUAUUCUAAGGGACUGUUUAAAACUCUGUUAUUUAAAAAAUUAGUCCUAAAUAGGGAAAAAUUUUUAUGGGGCAUAUUAGCCAGAUGUUUAUAUGUAUAAAAGUGAAAAUCAGAUAAUUUUUUUUUCAGAGAGAUAUAUAUAUGCACACACAUUUUCAGAUGUAUUUUAGAAUUAUGGUUUGUAUUAUGGAUAUUACCAUUUAUAGCUGGAGUUUCAUUAUAGAAACUAUCACAGCUGUACAAUAUGCAUCUCUCAUGUCACUGGAAGACUAUGUUUUUUUCCCCCAGGAGGCAACCAGAAAGUGCACGUAGGAUGAGUUAAAUUGCUGAUUUGUCUUUUGCAGGCUUGGUCCUUUCUCCAAGAUUACAUUUUUAGCUAUAGCUGAAGAAGAUAUCUGGUUACUGUUUAUUAUCAAAAGAGUUUUAAUUGAGAUGUGCAGAGUAGUUGGCAACGUGGAAACCUUCUUGGCUUUGUUAGGUUGAAUGGUGAAUAGGUUUGUGCUCAUCUUUACAUAGUGCAUUCCAAAUUUCACUUUGACUGGAAUUUUCUGUAAUAUACAAAUCAUUAUCAUCUUGCUUGAUUGGACGUAGAUUAAAAAACAAAAGACUGGUUCGCUUUUAUCUUGCUAAAUUGUGUCAGGUAGCUCAACCAGUCUGUGACUGAAUGUAAAAAGAUAAUGGACAUACACAUAUUACUUGGGAAGCUUUGUUAUGUGUGUGCCUGUCUGUUAAAACAUCUCCUUUUUUUUUUUUUUUAAGUUUUCCUCUGCCCAGGUUUCAGAGUCAUCCCUUGCAGUUGGCAUGACUUGCAUUUAAUUUUUAGUUUGUCAAGAAGUGAAAAAAGGCAAGAAAAUAAAUUGUAAGCAAAUAUUCAGAGCA